UAUAAUGGCCACUCACGCUUCGUUUGCCAUGAACUCGACUCCCCUUUGAUACAAAUUACAAACACUCGCACUGGGAAGGCGGUGUGAAAGAAAUAAAAAUAAAUAUUAAAAACAUAAUUUUUAGAGAAAAACCCUAAUUAUGGUUUUAGGGUUUUGGAUUACCAAUUUCUCGAUUGUUAUUGUUGAGAAUUAGUAUCCAAAUUUAUCAAUAACAAAUAUGGGAGGCGGCAAUACUAAUCGGGAUGACGACAAUACUAAUCGGAAUAACGAGAAUCCAUGGCAAUCGCCAAACAGACCGUAUCAAGAGAAAAGAGCCGAGGAUAUGAAACUUUGGAGCGUAUUACUUCUCGGUCUAAUUGGCGCCACCGCCACCACUUUUGCUGUUGGUCAGCUGCGAAGGACUGUUGAUUGGUUCUAUGCUCAGUUAACAAGGUCACAGUCAUGUGGAAAAGGAAGAGCGGGCAGCUCUUUCAGGUCAACUUUUCAGGAGGAAGCAUGGAAAAGAUACAAUCGUCGAAUGCAAGAGGAAUAUGAGCAAGAAAUGGAGAGAGUAGAACGUAUAAGGCGCAUGCAAAGUGUGUUUAACCGAGAGAGGAACAAGUACAAAAGAAGCUAUGAGAGCUGGAGGGAAAAUGGUCAAGGUCAAUACCAUCAGCAUUUUCAGCGUGAUGAUUGGUAUUGGAAGACUGAUACAUCAUUCAGAGAUCAGAAGACUGACUUUAGGACUCCAAGAGAGAGUACAAACUACCCAUUAUCAUAUCAUUACUCAGUUUUGGGGCUUAACAGAUCUAGAACAGCACCAUAUACAGAAGCUGAGAUUAAGAAUGCAUUCAGGACCAAGGCAAAGGAGUUUCACCCAGAUCAGAACCAAGAUAAUAAAGAGGUUGCUGAGGCAAAGUUCAAAGAGGUAAUGAUAUCAUAUGAGGCCAUCAAGCAAGAAAGAAAAAACAUGAAAUGAACUGGCUUAUUGCCAGACCUAGAACUAGAAGGACGCCUUGCUUCUGUCAAAUGCUAUUCACGUCACUAUUGCUGAAAAUAGAAUCUGCUGCAAAUGAACUUUUGGAUAAUAUAAUGUUGUACGAAUAGGUUCUUACUUGAGGGAGAGAUAUGGUAAUAUUUUUUUAUAUUAUUUUUUUCAAAAUUUUGAGUCUAGGUAUAAAAUAAGGGCAGCUAGUGUAUCUAUGUAAGAAAGCCCUUGUAAUAUUUGUUUUGGCGUAAAUCCAGGAAUUAUGAAAAAUAUUCACUCUUCAUCAUUACACAGUAACGGUGAAUAGAUUACUGUAACCCCCGUGUUUAGGAAUUUUUUAGGGAAAAUAAGUUUUAUUUUUUA